UUGUUCUAUUCGAGGCGAGUGCAUAAAGUUGGGUGGGCACCCACCGGGCUUGCCAGUCCCUUGUGUGCGUGCAUUUGUGUGUUUGUCUGGGGUGACUUGCGGUUUUCCCUCGCUUGAAAACAAAAGUAUCUCACUUGAUCCAGACGAAAUGCAGAAAAAAGGAGGGGACACUCGAACAGCAGACAAUGCGGUUAUUUGCUCGCAUGUCAUUAGCAGACACAUCCUUAAAAGAAGACAUGCUGAAGUGUGAAGAUGUGGGGAAUUUUUAUUUUUAAUCAUGUAUAUGCGUUUGCUUUGCUUUUCUGAAACGGUUACCUUAUUUCCCCGACGUUUUUAAUUUAUUUAUUCGUUAGAAUUAUAUUUUUAAAGAUGAAAUUCCCAAUAGAAAACCCGAGGAAACAAGUUAACUGGGACCCCGAACAAGUGGCGGUCCAGUCCAACUUGGUCCCUCCCAAGAAGCCCCAGCCGGGUCUGGUGAAGUCCAGCCUGGUCCAGGCUAGCGUGGCCACCAUGCAGAACCCGAUGGGCUGCGAACCCAAAACCAACAGCCACUGCACCCUGCCUCGCCUGUCCAUCUCAUCACGCUCGGCUAGCGUGGUGGCCAGCAUGGACACUGGUUGCGACGGCUCGCUGGCGGCUCUGCAGUCUGUCAUGAAGUGGAAGACCGUGCUGGCUGUCUUCGUCGUGGUGGUCCUGUACCUGGUGUGCGGGGGGCUGGCCUUUAGGGCGCUGGAGCAGCCGUUUGAAAGUGACCAGAAGACCAGCAUCACCCUGGAGAAGGCUUCCUUCCUGGCAAGACACUCGUGCGUCACACCCGACGAGCUGGAGGCUCUCAUCAAGCAUUCCAUCGACGCUGUGAGCGCUGGGGUGAGUCCCAUCGGCGACACCUCCUACAACUCCAGUUACUGGGACCUGGGCAGCGCGUUCUUCUUUGCUGGAACCAUCAUCACAACCAUCGGUUACGGCAACAUCGCUCCCAGCACGGUGGGCGGCAAGAUUUUCUGCAUCCUCUACGCCAUAUUUGGUAUUCCUCUUUUUGGCUUCCUGUUGGCCGGGAUCGGAGAUCAGCUGGGCACUAUCUUUGUGAAAAGUAUUUUGAGGGUGGAGAAGAUCUUCAGGCAAAAGCACAAACAGAUCAGCCAGACAAAGAUCCGAGUGACGUCCACCAUCCUUUUUAUCUUUGCUGGUUGUAUCGUCUUUGUCACCGUUCCCGCUGUCAUCUUUAAACACAUCGAGGGUUGGACCACGCUGGAGGCCAUCUACUUUGUUGUCAUCACUCUCACCACAGUGGGGAUCGGCGACUACGUGGCGGGAGGAAACCGCAGGAUUGACUACAAGAAGUGGUAUAAGCCUUUGGUGUGGUUCUGGAUCCUGGUGGGUUUGGCCUACUUUGCGGCCGUCCUCAGCAUGAUCGGAGACUGGCUUCGAGUGCUGUCCAAGAAGACCAAAGACGAGGUUGCUGCUCACGCAGCCGAAUGGAAGGCGAACGUCCGAGCCGAGUUCCGAGAGACGCGGCGGCGCCUGAGCGUGGAGAUCCACGACAAGCUCCAGCGGGCCGCCACCAUCCGUAGCAUGGAGCGCCGCCAGCUAGGUCUGGAGCAGCGGGCACACUCUUUAGACAUGCUUUCGCCCGAGAAGAGGGCUGUUUUCGCUAGCCUGGACGCCGGCCGAUAUAAGACCUCGUCCCAAGAGAGCAUCGACACCAAGCUGAACAACCUGCGGCUGAAAGGCGCCUGCGAGCCCUACGAGCACUGCGGCGUCGAUCCGCAGACGGCAUCCUCGUCCGAGGAGAACCUUUUCAACCUGCGCUUUGGUUCCCUCACCAAGUUGGCCAGGCGUAGCAAGAGCCGCGAGAUCCGGAGGAAUAUACCCGGGGACGAUCGAAGGGCCAGUAUCAGCGUUGGAAACGGGAACGCCAUGGUUGACGAAGAGCGGGGCGAGGGAGCGGAAGGCGAUUGCGAGCCGGACGAGGAAAACCGGGAGAGGAAAGAGAGGAACACCAGUUUGACAAACCUGUCGCAGUACUCCAUGGAACGCUCCAAGUUGAACGGGUGCAUACCGGAACUGUCUCAACAACAGGACGAUUAGGCGUUCUCUGGAGACACUCGUCUAACGGAAGGAUAGAGUUCUGUUGAGAAACUCAUCAGAUGUAGAAUCAGAAAUAUACCUGGAUUUCUCAAGGACUCCUUCAAGUUGAACAAGCGGCAUACCUAAACCAUCCGAAACCCGAUUGAUUACCUCUUUCCUGGAGAAUAUUAUCGACUUGCCGAAGCAGUCCAAGCUUGCCCCCAAGGGUAGCGUCUCGAAAAAUCGUACCGCAUUGGGAUUAUUCCUGGAUUUCAAGGAGAGCUCCGAGGUGAACAUUAGCAUACCAGACCAAUUUACUAUUUGCUUGGCAAACUCAGCAGGUCCAAAACCUGGACAGGUUUUGUCCGGUAUAAAAAUACCCUUGAGUUUAUUAUCCCGCUGGCAAGCCUUUUGUACGCCUACAUUUUUUGCAGAAGUCCACAGGCAUCGAAGAAAUGUGCCUUUUCCGUUUCCUCAAUUAGCUUGGAGCUGCUCCCGGGAAUUUCUGUCAUGGUGCCAUAAAAUGACGGGCAGCAAAACCUGUUGCCAAAAAAACAACAACAACAACAAAGCAAAACCAAGGAGACUUUGUGUCUGUAGUCUCAAUACCUCAUCGCAGAUGUUUUUACUUUGGCUCUCAUCGUGGUGUUGCUAGCUGGCUAGUUUGCUUCUGCCCAAUACGAUGUUAAGAAAACAAACUUGGACAUGUGAAUCUACAUCAUCAUCCAUCUUCAGGGUGUGCUAUCGAUCGCAGCUUUGUCGUCAUGUAACGCCUUGUCUAUUUUGGGACCGCUGCUGAAGACAUGGUGGACGGCGGGAGAGGCCGAGGAUCAAUGAACACACGCUAAGUGACUAUAAACCGCGUCAUGCUGAUCAGUCUUAUCGAUUGCGCAUGGAAUUGUGUAUUUUUGAAAUGCAAUGUACUACUUCUCUCGUAAUUCAGCGGGAAAGAAAUCAAGAUGGAUGGCCACUUACUUUUUGUAACCACAUUUUUGUACACUAAGCAUGUUUUUGCCUGUUUGAAACCAUUUUAUUUUCGAUAACAGUGGAGCACUUGUUAUAAAUUAUUCAUCUCAUCUUCAACACUUUAAUAUCGAUAUCUGUAAUACCCAACCUGGGACGACUAUAACAAUCAGUUAAUUUAACUGAUUGUUAAAAGUUAGGCUUCACCAGUUAAUCAAAAUAAUUCCGUGACUAAAUGGUUUCUCAAAGAUCACAAUUUUCAAGCCCAUUCCAACAGUGGACCAUUUCAAAUGUAUUUACGUGGUUAAAAAAAAAAUCACAGUUAACACUGCAGAACUCGUAAAAUUGAUUAUUGGCAUUCUAAAGGGCAAUUCUACACAGCUAUGGUUAUAACCUCUGGAUGACCAUGACCUGUGAAGAUUCUUGUGAACGUUGAAUGAAAAUUUCACAUUAAUUGUAUCCAGUGCCUUUUUAUUUUGCAGAUAAUAAAUAUGGCAAAAGAAAUUUCAA